AUGAACGCAAUCAAGCCGCUGCCAGAGAUACCAAAGAUCAAGUCGCCAAUGCCUAAUGCAACUGGCGAGGGACAGAAAGAAGAACUGAUUCAAGAGGGAAAACAGAUUAUCGAAGGAAGAAUUCAAAUUUCACACAUUAUUGACUGUAAUGACGACGUUUUCUGCUGCAAAGUGAGUCCUUCCCAAAAACUCAUUGCGAUCUGCACCAACAAGGGCUUGGUCAUCAUUUACCGCAUUUCGGACGGACGAAAACUCCACAAUCUAGUUGAUACAGACACAAGACAGAAAAAUCUACCAGCAGUUACUUGCCACUGGAUAAAUGAAGAUAAACUUGUCGCUGGAUAUUGUGAUGGAAAAAUCAAGGUCUGGAAUGUCAGUAACAGCCAGUGCUUGCAAACAAUCGAAGAAGAUCGAACAGUUUACCAAACUAUGGUCACCCCAACGCAAGAUGCUCUCAUCACAGCUGGAAAAGAUUCUGACAUCCAUGUUUAUGACCUCGCUUCUCUGCAGAAAAUUAAUACUUGCAAAGCUUCUCCAUCAUUGGAGCGCAUGGACGGACACCGAACCGCAGUCUACGCCCUAAAGCAUCAUCCAAAUGAAACUUGGAACUUUGUCUCGGGCGGAUGGGACGAUACCGUUCAGUUCUGGGACCGAAGACAGGAACGCGCCACGAAACGCAUCUUCGGUCCUCACAUCUGCGGCGAGAGUAUUGACAUUGACCCCAACGACCAGACGAUUUUGACCGCUUCUUGGCGAAGACAUGAUGGAAUCCAAGUCUGGGACUAUCGAGAAGGAACCCUUCGCAAAACUAUUCUCGAGCACCCAGACGAAAGAAGUUCCUACUACACGGCCCAAUUCGUCGGUACCGAUUCCUUCCUCGUUGGCGGAAGCAACAAAAACGUCUUCAAAGUCAAAGACCAAAAAAUCAGCACCGAUUUGGCCGUCGUUUCUGAAAUUUCAAGCGGCGUUGUUUGCUCCGAUAAAGUGCGAUAUCAGCAAACUGGCGAUGGAAUUAAUUGCCGAGUUGCCUAUGGUUACGGUUCGAAAGUCGCCAUUGCGGACGUUGCUGAUGUCGAAAACCAUGGAACUCUCAUCUCUUCCCCAAAGUAA